AUGGCUCCUGAAGUGAUUGCUUGCGACGAAAACCUUGAAGCGACAUAUGACUCAAGAUCCGAUCUUUGGUCGCUUGGUAAGUUGAUCAUCGUGACGAGCAUUUACGAUAUACAUUUCACUCUGGAGAUGCCUUCAAGAUAG